AUGUACGGCACGCCCAACGCAGCAAUCUAUACCGAGCCAUCCAGCACGAAGCACGUUUCCACGCUCCGUGGCUUCCAGUCCCACCCACGGACGGACCUGGAGCUUCAGUGCUGUUUGGGCAGAGGUGCCUUUGUACCUAUGAGGGACGUCAUUGCCAGGCCAAGCCGCCAACCCAAUGGAAAGCCUUCACCCGCCAGCGACCGCGACUGCCAUGUUGGCCCGGCUUCAGUGUCGCAUCCCUGCCCCGCGAAAUCCAAUGCAUCGUCCGCGAUUUGCAGUAUGGAGUACGUAAGGAAAGCACAAGGUACCUACCCAACUGCCCUCCAGCAUCCAGGGAAGGACAAGUUCUCGAGCUUCGUUUCCCACCCUCCAUUGCCAUUGUCGUCGUCCCAUGCAUUACCUUGUUUGUUGAGCUUACUCAUUGUGCUCCCCCCGGCAGGCCUCGUCGCGCAAGCAUUCCUCCGGGCUCCCUGA